AUGAAUCAAAUGGAAGGUGGAGUUGGGUUAACGACGACGACGCAGCCGCAACAGCAACCACCUCCAGUUGCAGAGAAGCUCCAUCCGGACAUAGUAGAGGUUUUGAAUCUCAAAUCAGUGAAGACACGAGCCGUGAGUUUGUUCAAUGCUAUUUCUCGUAUCAUUGAAGAAUUUGACGCUCAUGCUCGAACCAACACUACUCCCAAAUGGAAACAUAUUCUAGGGCAAUAUUCGAUGGUGAAUCUAGAGCUUUUUAACAUUGUGGAAGCCGUGAAGGAAGUUUCUGCGGCAUUUGUUGUUCUUCCAAAGAAUGUCAAUGCAGAGAAUGCUGCAAUUUUACCUGUUAUGUUAUCUUCUAAAUUACUUCCGGAGAUGGAAACUGAUGACAAUGCCAAGAGAGAGCAGUUGCUUCAAGGUGUUCAGAAUUUGCCAAUACCAAUGCAGAUUGAGAGAUUGAAGGCGAGGAUCGACAUGAUUUCAGCAGCUUGUGAUAGUGCAGAGAAAGCAUUAGCUGAAACUCGUAAAGCGUAUGGAUUUGGCACUCGUCAAGGUCCUUCUAUGCUUCCAACUAUGGAUAAAGGUCAAGCUGCAAAGAUUCAGGAACAGGAGAACAUGCUACGAGCAGCUGUUAAUGACGGCACAGGAAUAAGAUUGCCUCCAGACCAGAGACAAAUAACCACAGCACUUCCACCACAUCUGGCAGAUGUGCUGAUCGAUGCAGGCAAGAAUCAAUUACCUGUGGCAUCAAACAACAUCAACAGUCAAGGAAAUCUGUUGCAGGUUUCUGGAACACAAUUUAUGGGAAGAUCAGCUGCAUCUCCAUCUGGUCCUAACUUUGAUAACACAACAUCUCCCUUACCAUAUGCCAAUUCUCCUCGAUCUACGGGUAUGGUUAAUGCGCCUUCGCCUCAGCAACAACAACUUCAACAGCAGCAAAGGUCAAAAUUAAUGCAGUUGCCUCAGCAUCAACAGCAACUACUUGCACAACAACAACAGCUCAGGCAAUCUUCUAUGCAAGGAUUGGGUCAGAGUCAGAUACCAUCACUUCACGAUUUGCAUGGGCAAUCUCAGCAGAAGUUUCAGACGUUACAUGGGCAACACCAAAUGUCAUAUUCUCAGCCAAUGGCCGCCCACCAACAAUUCCAAGCUAGACAGCUCUCAGGUGGACAUAUGCAGCACAGCAUGUCUCAAGGACAGCUCAAUCCAACGAUGAACCGUCAGUUGAACCAGUUUUCAAGUGGAGCCAAUAGUUCAUUGUUUACUACUGCACAAGGCUCCCCAAGUAGCCAGAUGAUACCAAACAUGUCAUCUAUGCAAUCUCAGACACUUGUUCCUAGAAUGCAGGUACCAAUCCUCAAAGAAGCCAUGCUUCACAAAUGUUGGGUGACCAGAUGUUUAACAACAGCGGAAUGA